CGAGAAGAAGAGGAUGGCGGAGGACGGGAGGGACGAGUCUCUGGCGACUGACGACGAGUCGGACCACACCGCCGCGGACGGGAGCAGCAGCCUGACCCACACGGUGAUGGAGGAGGACUCCACGCUCCUGCGCCGGAUGGAGAUCUGCGUUGCUGAAGCCGAGAAAAGGAACGGCAAAAACACGGUGAACAUGCAGGAGACGUUCACCGUGUACCUGGUGGAAACACGGCCGAUGGAUGCAGUUGCAGAAGGUCGCAACCAGGCCCCGGACUCCCUGUGGAGGAGAUACAGCGAAUUCGAACUGCUGCGGAACUACUUGUUAGUCACCUAUCCAUACAUCGUGGUGCCCCCUCUACCUGAGAAGAGGGCCGACUUCGUGUGGCACAAGCUGUCGGCAGACAACAUGGACCCAGACUUCGUGGAGCGCCGGCGGGUCGGGCUGGAGAACUUCCUGCUCCGCGUGGCGUCACACCCGGUGCUCUCCGAAGACAACAUCCUGCAGCUCUUCCUCACCGAGGAACACGGCUGGAAGGAAGUGGUGUUCGAGACUGGAUUCCAGGCAAAGGCCGAGUCCAGGCUCAGAGCUCUCAGCGCCACCUUCAGGGUGAGAAGUCCAGAUAAACGCUUCAUGGAGAUGAAGCACUACAGCGACGAGCUGCAGGCACACACCUCCCAGCUGCUGCGGGCACGAGCAAGGGUGGCAGACCGUCUCUACGGCGUCUACAAGGUCCACGGGAACUACGGACGAGUCUUCAGCGAGUGGAGCGCCAUGGAGAAGGAGAUGGGGGACGGGCUGCAGAGCGCCGGCCACCACAUGGACGCAUAUGCAGCCUCCAUCGAUGACAUCCUGGAGGAGGAGGAGCACUACGCCGACCAGCUGAAGGAGUACCUGUUCUACGCCGAAGCUCUGCGGGCCGUGUGCAGGAAGCACGAGCUGACCCAGUUCGAGCUGGAGGUGGCCUCCCAGGACCUGGACUCCAAGAAGCAGCAGCACGAGGAGCUGUCCACCGGGGUGGUGCGGACGUUCUCCUUCAAAGGGAUGACCAGCAAGCUGUUCGGCCAGGAGGCCCCGGAGCAGAGGGAGGCCCGGCUGAAGCAGCUGGAGGACCUGAUCUCCGAGGGGGAAGAGGACGUCCAGGAGAAGACCGCCGAGUGCGAUGAGCAUGUGGAGAGGGCGUGGCUUGACAUGCAGCGCUUCAACGAGCAGAAGGACCGAGACCUGAGGGAGGCGCUCAUCAGCUACGCCGUCAUGCAGAUCAGCAUGUGCAAGAAGGGGGUCCAGGUGUGGAGCAACGCCAAAGAAUGCUUCCUGAAGAUGUGAAGCUGGAGCUCCGCCCUCGGUGACGCUCAGCUGGAUGCCAACGUGUGCAGGUGGAGGUGUGACUCAGGGACAUGUGAGGGGUGGUAGUUUCAAGAACCCCAAGGAAAGAAAGAAAGGAAAGAAGGAUUCACUGUUAAAGGGACAGUGACCCCAAAAUGAAGAAGCCAUUUACCUGUUCAUUGAUCUGGAUAGUUUGGGUGUGAGUUGUCCACUUCUCUCUCACAUAUGGGACUCGGGGCUGUCCUCAAGAGACGUUCAGGGCCCUCUGUGUGUCCUCAAGAGACAUUCAGGGCCCUCUGGCUGUCCUCAAGAGACGUUCAGGGCCCUCUGUGUGUCCUCAAGAGAUGUUCAGGGCCCUCUGGCUGUCAAGAGACGUUCAGGGCCCUCUGCGUGUCCUGAAGAGAUGUUCAGGGCCCUCUGUGUGUCCUCAAGAGACGUUCAGGGCCCUCUGGCUGUCAAGAGACGUUCAGGGCCCUCUGUGUGUCCUCAAGAGACGUUCAGGGCCCUCUGGCUGUCAAGAGACGUUCAGGGCCCUCUGCGUGUCCUGAAGAGACGUUCAGGGCCCUCUGUGUGUCCUGAAGAGACGUUCAGGGCCCUCUGGCUGUCAUGAAGAGCCGGCCGACUCACGGCAACACAAAUCAAUGUCUCCUGGUGAGCAGACCGAGGAGGGAAGGACCCUCCCUAAGGGGCGAGGAUGGAAGGACCCUCCCUAAGGGGGAAGGACCCUCCCUAAGGGGCGAGGAUGGAAGGACCCUCCCUAAGGGGCGAGGAUGGAAGGACCCUCCGUAAGGGGCGAGGAGGGAAGGACCCUCCCUAAGGGGGAAGGACCCUCCCUAAGGGGCGAGGAUGGAAGGACCCUCCCUAAGGGGGAAGGACCCUCCCUAAGGGGCGAGGAUGGAAGGACCCUCCCUAAGGGGCGAGGAGGGAAGGACCCUCCCUAAGGGGCGAGGGGGGAAGGACCCUCCCUAAGGGGCGAGGAUGGAGGGACCCUCCCAAAGGGGGAAGGACCCUCCCUAAGGGGCGAGGAUGGAAGGACCCUCCCUAAGGGGGAAGGACCCUCCCUAAGGGGCGAGGGGGGAAGGACCCUCCCAAAGGGCCUCGUGGGGAAGUCCCUUGAGGUGUUCAGGAGCGUGACCCCUUCACGGACCUCACGCUCUGACGUGAUUUUCAUUCUCUUUAUAUUCUGUUUCUUCUCGGUCGCCCGGCGUCAUUCUGCAGCUCAGUUCUGACCCGGCGGGUCCACAUGGAGCUGAAGAGGGGCGUCACGUCUCAUCUCAAUGUGGACACGCUGCCCUCUAGUGGCCACGAGUGGAACACAAGGAACACGCUCAACACUUCUCCACACGCACCAUCUUCCAGAUGAAACUCCUCCUCCAACAUGUUUGAGGAUCACCAACAUGACGGCGUGGAGCUUCAGCAGGUGAAGGUCUCUACCUGCUGAAGCUCCUCCUCCUCCGUGGCUGUGAGCUGCUGCUGCAGGCGUGACUCGUGUUGCUCAUGGGUCCAUGGUUUCUUGGUCAGUGGUCAUUUCUUCCCCUCCCUUUGGGGUCCUAAUGCUCCGCCUGUUUCCACAGCAGCUGAGUUCCUGUGUUGGAGGCUGGCAGCAAUAAUCUGACUUCAUAAAGAUGUCAGAACUGCAUUUGUUCCUUCCCUUUUUAAGUUUCAUAUUUUAACGCUCUUUGGACGUGUUGCUCUCUUUAUUUGAAUAAACAUGUUUCUCGCCA